CUUCUCAACGCCAAAAACAUAAAAAGUAUAUAAAUCUUCCUAUCCGAGCUGUUUCUAAACAAGAAUCCUUGUCCUUUACGGUAUAAUCCGCCUACAAUCCAGCUUCGGAAUGUCAAACAAAAACAAGAAACCCUCUGAAAACGCACAACUCAAGGAGGAAGAGGUAGUCCAGAUCAACAAAUGGGACGGUACUGCGGUGAAGCAUGCUCUGGAUGAUUCGGUCAAGGAUGCGCUAAUGAAGCACAGCAACAUGAAGGAACAUUUCGCGAUCAUCGACGGGCGGUUGUUCAUCUGUGCGCAGGCUGUCGCGAUCGCGCUUGUUGCCCUCGGCUACGAUUAUCAGUAUUCAUUUCCAGCUUCGAAACCCGUCCUCAUCGUCAGCGUGUGCUGUUACUUUUUCCUUAUGGGUGUGCUGACCAUCUACACAACGUACGUUGAAAAGGGCAUUUUUGUGGUGGGCAACCAAAAGGACGCCAGCGGAAACGUGAAACGAUGGCAAGCCAGUUCCGACAUGAAGAAGUACGACGAUAAAUAUGAGCUAACGGUGCAGCUAAAGGACGCACGUGGCAUUCGUGAGGCAACCGUCACGAAAUCAGCCGCAAACUUUAUCGACGUUAACGGUGUGAUUCUGGACGAUCUCGUCGCCAGUGAAGUGAACCGUAUUGUGAAUUCGCUGAAUGCGGACCGCAAAGACAAGUAAGCGGCCUACUGCGUUGUCAUGAGCAGAAAUCCAGCAUUAAGAUCUAAUAAAUAUGUAACAGUUGCCCUUGAUUGCAGUUCAGAGGGUGAA